GGCCCUCUGUGAAAAAUGUUCGGACACCCCUGAUAUAGAGAAAAUGUAUGUAGAAAUAUUGUGUCUGUUCCUUCACCAGGUGGUGGGGUUGGUGGUGGGCAUGAGCGGGGUCUACCUGCUGAUGAAGUACAAGCAGAGCAGCGUAUUUCUCUCUCAAAGCUACUUCCCCCUGCCCGCUUUCCUCGCUCUUGCCAGCGCUGUGUUGAUACUCGCCUGCGGGGGCCUCGGCUCCUGUCUGAGCAUAGAGAUCAGAGAUUCCACCUUUCUGCAGGGACUGUUUGUUUAUCUGCUAGUGUUGGUCUUUUGUCUGGAAAGUACGGCUUCAGCGUUGGCUUUCUUUCACACUACAAAGCUGGAGUCAGAGUUAACUCCUCUCAGUGGAGUGUUUCAUAACUACACCGGCCGUGACCCUGACUCUCAGGCUGUGGAUGCUACACAAGCAGAGUUGCAGUGCUGUGGAGUGCAUGACUUCAGGGACUGGCUGGAAACCCCCUGGUUUAACAGCACCGGAGGACUCUUGGUUCCUCACAGCUGUUGUAACUCUACUUUCCUCUCCUGCAAAGGCGCUGUGGACCAACCGUGGCAGCUAUACACACAGGGCUGCCAGGUGAAGCUAGAGAAGAGUUUACAGUUUGUGCUGAGAUUUAUCAUCUGGGGCUCCCCGAUUGUUUUUUUCGUGGAGGUGAGGAAGACUGCAUUACCUUUUUCCGCCUAUUUAUUGUGACUAUGCUUGAUAUUGAAUGCACCCUGAUUGAAAAACAUCACACAGCAUUAUGGUAAAUGUACUUAUAAAGCAGUCUUUUCGACCCCUCAAAGCGCUUUAUAUACUACGAGUCAUUCACCCAUUCGCACCUCAUUCAUGCACUUGCUUUAGGGAAGCUAACACUCACACACACUCACACACUCACACACUGUCGGUCACCAGGAGCAACUCAGGGUUCAGUAUCUUGC